AUGACGACGACGACGAUGAGCAUGAGGACGACGGCCUGCACGUUGCUCACCACCCUCCUCGUUCUUGCCCAUGUGUCCCCCGGUCGAACUCAAGUGACCGGUGUCGUUUACCGCAACCUGACCGCCGAUUCUUUGGAACGCUGCCUGCUGCACUGCCGGCACGAAGGCAGAAACUGCCGCAGCGUGGGCUUCUGUCCAUACGUUGGCCUGCAGCAACCGUUGUGCGUUCUUUACGAAGCGAGCAGAGAAGAGAACGGCAGCGUCCACGACCUCGACCACUACCAAAGGUGCUACCUGGCCCAAAAGACAUGCCUGCCGACCGCAAACAUCUUAGCGAACCGAAUCUGCGACCAGCCGUGGGCGUUCGAACGGAGGCCGGGUAAACGGUUGAAGAGUCGGUGGUUCGUCGCCAGUCCCCCCGCGAGGGCGACGCGAAUUGUGAGCAAGGAGCAGUGCUUGGCUGAGUGCGCGUUGAUGCGAGGCAUCUGCAGAGCGGUUCAGCUGCGACCGUCGUCGCCCAGCACCUGCGACAUUCUGACCAUCAGCUGGACAGCCGUCAGCGACCCGAGAGAAUACUUCGCGGACGGCGACGGCGACACCGACUUGUACGAAAACAGCUGUUUUCGAUGGCCUGUGCUGGACGAGAAAAGCUGCACGUUCGAAAUAGGAAGUCAAGAGUACGACGCCUCGUCGGUGUUGUUCGACGAACGCCACAUGGACGUUCGCUCGGCCAACGAUUGCCAUCGUCUGUGUCUCAACCGUAGGAACGUCCUGUGCGUCUGGUACGGCUAUGCGGAACGACCACGGAUCUGUUACCUGGCGCACGACGACCAGAGGUCGUCGUCAUCCGCUCUUGAUUACUUCCCUUGGCGCAUGCAUCGGCCUCCUCAUGACUCGUCACUGAUCCUCACCGGCCGGCUGUUGAACUGCGUGGAAUUUACGCUGGCGUGCACCGAAAGGGCGAUGUCAGUGAACGCGAAUAGUCUUAAACUGCUCAACGGUCACCUGCUGUCGGUUUUUGACGACGAAAAAUGUCGGACAGAGAUCAGGAAUGCCUGGAACGCCUCCCUCAGCAUGCCAUACAAGGAAUGCGGCACCGUACGAGAGACCACGGGCCAUUACAUGAACAUAGUGGAACUGAAACACAUUGGCAGCCAGGUGGUAACUGCUUCCGAUCGACGGGUGAAGCUGCUGUGCCAAAUGGACCCCGGAACUCAGCAGCGCUUGAAUUACCACGUCAAAGUUCAACCGGACAAUUUAAGCCAGAAAGUGCGGGUCAUUUCUUCGGAAGACUCCCGCUCCAGCUCCGGCCGCUUCGAACUGUCAAUCCUCGACGAGGCGUUGAAUCCGACCUCAUUGGUGAACACGGGCGACGAGGGAUACUUGGAAGUGAAGUUCAUUAGCCCGUUCAGAAAACAAGCGUCGUUCAAGGUCACGGAUUUGACGGCAACGGACCUCAAGGAAGGAAACGACUUGGUGCUGUACGACGAACGAGGGUCGGUUAAUAAAUGCUCGGUACAUAAGGACCUUGUCGGCGAGUUCGUGAGGGUAGACGACGAAACCAUGAGAUCAAGAAUAAAGUUUUUCGCGUUUCCUGAUUCGAACCGGGUUUAUUACAAGGGACGCGUGAAGCCCUGUUUGGAAAACUGCGACCCUGAGGACUGUGAGCCGGCGGUAACCGGACGUUUGACUCGCCUGCGGCUCAGGAGCGAAGGAAAUCGGCGACGACCACCGGUACUCGACCGAACGGCGCCAGGCUUCCAUUUCGCAAACGUGGUCGCUUUGAACGAUCCCGGACAGCAAAAGCGAUGA